ACAUACUUGGAAACGAAAUAUAAAUUUUAUCAACUUUAAACCACAAAAGAAAAACCAACAACUUUAAAAUGAAAUUGUUCGUAUGUGUUUUUGCUUUAGUAGCUGCAUUGUCACCAGCUCAGGCUACCUUCGAUAAAUUGGGAUUUUUAAUUGGAGGCACAACUAGCGGUGCAGCUGGUUAUGGCAGAAGUUUGAAUACUGGCUAUGGUGGUGGUUAUGGAUAUGGUGGCGGUUAUGGCGGUGGUUAUGGAUAUGGUGGUGGUUAUGGCGCGGGAUAUGGUGGCAACAAUGUCAAAGUUAUUAAGGUAACUGUAGUACCCGGCAGUGGUGGCUACUCUGGCGGUUAUGCCGGCGGCUAUGGUGGUGGUUAUGCUAGCGGUUAUGGUGCUGGUUAUGCUGGCAGUUCUAUUGCCUACCAACCUGCUGUAUCAACUUCGGCAGUAGUUACUCCAGUUGUAACCGCUGUUUCCACUCCCGUUGUUACUUCAACUACUCCUUUGGUUACUCCUGCUUAUACUGGUUCCUAUGGCGGUAGUUUCGGCUCUUCAUAUGGCAUUGGCGCUGGCUAUGGUGCUGGUUAUGGUGGUGGUUAUGGUGCUGGCUAUGGUGCUGGUUAUGGUGCUAGUAUUCCUGUUUCAUAUGGUGCCGGUGCUGGUUACGGUUAUGGUGGUGGUUUCGGUUUGGGCUUUGGUCAACCUGCUGGUUUUUCCGAUUGGUGUUAAAUCUGUUAUGAAAACGAUUUCUGAAUUGCAUGAAUCAUGUUUUUUUUUUUUGUUAUUUAUUUUAAAUACUCUUUCUUUGUUAUGUUUUAUUUCUCUCCAGUCAGUAAUUUACGAAUAAAGUGUUGAAAUUUUUUAAAGUUUAUUAAUAAAA